GUGUGAGCGGACAAAUCCUCACGAGGGCGCCCCUGCAGAGCACGAGCUGCAAUCAACACCGCCACGAGAGGGACUCGCCCAGGCCAAGCCCUCACUAACGGCGGUGAGGAACUUUUGCCUCCGUCCGCUGCCCACAGCCGCAGGAGGGGAUUGAUUGGCUGACGGACAGACUGUGAGGUGUGCGGGGCCCACAGUCAGUUGGUCAGGGCGCGGCUGCCACCCUCACCCGCUCUCUCUUGAUGCCUCUGCGGCCGGCCUGCCAAAGGCAAGACAGCAGGAGGCGACUGAGCGACCCCUUGUUCUGAGCGGGAGAGGCCGUUGUCGUCUGUCUGUGUAUCUAUCGGCUCUGGAUUGCCUGUUUGUUCGGGGCCAUCAUGGGUGGGUGCUUCGGGAGCCAAGUGGAGAAGGACACCGUGCAGCAGCUGUGGCAGGACCGGGCCAUUCGGUGGGACCAGCCCAGGACCGUCAUGGCCCUCCGGCCAGCUGAGGUCACACUACAGGCCUUCGAUGAUGUGGAAGAUACCAAGGUGAGCGAGAAAGACAGACAGACAGACAGACAUGGGCAGGGCAAGCCCAUCCAUCCAUCCCACUGCACUGCGUGUGUGUGGUCCCCGCGCUGCCUGCAGGGUGACAAUGGUUUAGGUCGGGUGCAGAUAACGAAUUUGCGGAUCUUGUGGACGAGCAACACGAACCCGAAGCUCAACAUCAGCAUCGGGAUGGGGACGAUUGCCUACCUGCACUUCAACAUGGUCAACAGCCGCCAGUUCCAGCGGGUCCGCGCCCCCAACAUCAUGACCCAGUACAACAACACCAGAUUCGAGUUCACCUUCGCCAUCGACUCGGACAAGGCCAUGCAGCUCUUCCACCAACUCGAGACCACCGUCAGGUAGGUACCUUACCUUCCUCGCGAUUGAUUGACAAAGGGCGGGCGCCUCCUGCUGAGCUGAUUGGCCUGCCUGCCUGUAUGUGUUUUGUUUGUGUCGUUUUGUGUGCAGGCGCUACCGUGCCACACGCACUUACAGGGACCUCAUUCUCAGGUUCGGGAGGCAGCGGGCGGAUCUGCAAUGGAAGAGGGUUUGUAUGGUCGGUGUGCUGUCUGUCUGUCUUUGUCUGCGUGUUCUGCAGGGAUGAGGCUCUGCUCAGCGACGGCGAGCUCACCAUCCUGCCCAAUGAAGAAGUCAAGAAAAAGGUAAACCGAGUCGAGCACCGUCCGUCCCUCCCCUCCCUCCAUCAGUUUGGGUGUUGGUAUUGCCAUGUAAUGUGUGUGUGUUGGUGGUGCUGCCGUGCCGUGUGUUGUGUUGUGUGCAGGUUGAGAAUUGCGACAACCUGACGACUGACGAGUCGUUCCCCGGCACGCUCUUCGUCACCAACGUACGUGGCGUGCGCAUCGGAUGACCGGCACACAAAACCGUGUGCUGGAUGGGAUGUCUGUUCAAUGUGUUGUCCUGUAUUUGUUUACUGGCUUGAUGUAUCAGCUGAGGGUGGUCUGGUCGGCGGCCGCCACCCCCAACAUCAACGUCAGCGUCCCAUUCAUUCAGACGGUGAGUGAGUGAGUGAGAUGCAAGACACAACGGACGGCACCAGCAAGAAGGCUCGCGGCUGUCUGUGCUCGGUUUGAUCAGCGUGGCGUCGGCACUCGGGCGUCGCGGUUUGGGCAGGCGCUCGUCAUCGAAACCUCACAGGUGGGUGCGGCAGGGACUCAGACAGACGAGAAGCCGUGUCGAAUAGAUGGACCAAUGGAUGUGAUUCGUGUGUUGAUCGCUUCAUUCAGCUGAGUGGAGGUUACAUUUUGGGUUUCAAGUUUCGCGAGGGCGGGGAAAUCGAAAGGAUGCUCGAGCUCAUCAACAAACUCUUCGGAGGUAAGGCGGGCGGGCCGCCCCCUCACCACACCAAUACGUGCCGUUGACUUUUUUUGACAUGUGUGAAUGUCUCCUUCUUUCAGAAGCCAAGAAGAACCCCUACUUCGGCCCCCAUGACGCCAGCGUCCAAGUUGUUGACGACCGGGUGAGUGAGUCAGUGAGGGCACCGGCAGGCAGGCACGACGUUCUCCACCCUCCUUCUCUGAACUUUUUGUUUCGGCGUUCGUCCAUCCCUCCACUCGAUCAGUUGGUGAUAGUUCCUCCGUCGAGUGUGCAGAACGUUGAGGAGGAGACCACCACGGCGCCCCAGCAGCCGCAGCAGCCCCAGACGGCCACCGAUAGCACAAGCGGCCCCACUGCCGUCGUCAACGUCAACAACUCCAACACACUCAUGCUGCCUGAGGGCGCUGUGCAGGUGAGGUGGGUGGGGGGGAUGGAUGAGAUAGAUGCAUGCAUUGAUAAAGGUGGAGGGACAGCAGGUGAGUGCAUGGCAUGGAUGUGCGUGUUUGUGUGCAUGGAUCGCAUCUCAGGUUCGGCGGAGUGACGCGGCUCAGGUGACAACCGAGGCUGAGAUUCAGACGGACAGAUAGACAGACCAGAGAGGCGUUGUAUGCCGUCCGUCUAUCCGUUGGUUUGUCUGCUCUCUCAAUGCAUCCACAUCUAUCAAUCAGGGUGCUGGUGAGGGCGGUCGGUCCCCCUCGUCGCGUCGCGCCCGUGCCAGCGUGAGGGUACGGGAGCCCGUCACACUCGACCUUACAAAGAGACAUGACAAGGUGAGUGAACAGAGAGGAGAGGGACGGACACUGAGAGAGAGAGAGGGGGGGGCAAUGGAUGGAUGGAUGGCCCAGUGAUUGGCUCACCCACCGCUCCGCUCACGUGUGUGAUGUGUGUGAUGUGAUGGAUGUGGCUGAUCGGCCGGCCGAUCUCUCAGGAGCACGUCACGCGUCAGGAGAGCGAGGUGGGUCAGGGGGUGUCGCCCUCGAGCCGCAAAUACAUGGCGCCAAAGUGCGUCAUCUGCAUGGCCAAACCCGACGAGGUAGGGAGAGUACCAACCAAUACACACACCUCCUCAACAAUACACACGACCAACCAACUCACACGUCUGUCUGUCUGUCGUCAUGUCCAUCACUGACUUCAGUGUGCGUUUGACCCGUGUGGGCACGUGUGCGCCUGCAUGGACUGCGCCGUCAAGCUCGACGACUGCCCGGUAAGGAAGACAUACCUAAGUACCAAUCCCCACUCUCUGUGGGCGGGCUGAUGGUGUGCUCGAUUGGCUGUGCUGGUGCCGGGCUGGCUGUUUGUGUGAUGGAUUCGAUUCCACUUGCAGAUAUGUCGGACCAAGAUCAUGAAGGUGCUGCGGGUGUUCCUCACCACCUGAGUCAGUCAGUACUGACAGACGGAGAGAAAAGUCGGGGCUGCGCUGCCGGGCGAUUAAUAUUGAUUGCUGCUCACAGGAGGCCGUCCGUCCGUCAGAAACCAGGUGUAUGUGAUGUGUCCACUCACCGGGGAGGGGUGUAUGGUGUGGUGCAUGUGUAGAGUGCGUAGGUGCUUGCCUGCCUGCCUGCCUGCCUGGUUGGUUGGUCGUGUGUGUGUGUAUGUGUAUGUGUGUGUGUGUGUGUGAUUUCGGAACGGCCUGUAAGGACCUGUUGUGGCGUGUGGCGUGUGUGUUUCCUUCCGCUAGCUAAUCAUCUGUAUUAUCUAUGGUCGGUCUCCUCCUCUCUCUCCAUUUGUGCCUGCCCAUCUAGGCGGACAGACAGACAGACAGACAGACGGAUGUAACCUAACCUAACCUGAUGAUGUAUAGCUAGAGACAAAGGGAGAAGGCAGGCCUGUCUGUCUGUGUGUCUGUCUGUCUGUCUGUGUCUGUCUGUGGUUGCACUCUACCUGGGACGGCCGACCUGAAGACCUGAAGCUACUAACUAACUAGUGCCUUGCCAUCUCUGUCCACAUCCUGGCUAAGCUGACCGGCAGGCAGGGAGGGAGCUGCCUAGGUUGCCUUGCCUUUUCACUACAGCUACUACUGCUGCUGCUGCUGCUGCUGCUGGUGCCGUUGGCGUUGCUGCUGCGGUGUUGCUGCCUGCUGUUGUGCAGAAAUUAAG